GUUACAGUGGUUAAAGAAAUAGAAGCGGUUCUUAACACAAGACCUUUAACUUACGUGGACUCGGAGCCUGAUCAUGUAUUAAAACCUUCAGAUUUUCUUACCAUGGGAAAAUGUAUCAUUAUGGAAACGUCAGGAAAGGAUCCUACUACGUCACAAGGAACGGUGACUAAAGACAAUUUAAUUAAAGGUUGGAAGAAAGCACAGAUAAUUCUAAGAGAAUUUAAAGAGAUGUUCGAGAACCGGUAUCUCCUAAAUUUGAGAGAAAGAUAUUCCCACCAUCCUAAAGAACCUAGGGUAAUAUCCAAGUUGGCUCCAAAGAUAGGUCAAAUCGUGCAGAUCAAAGGUGACACGAAGAACAGAGUCAAUUGGAAAGUUGGGAAAAUAGUAUCUUUAAGAAAAGGCGCCGACGGUUUAUGUAGGGUUGCCACGGUACGAGUAGGAGAUACAGAGUAUACAAGAUCUAUCGCGCAUCUCUACCCGUUAGAGAUCGAAGAUGGAGAAGAACAGUGUAAACAAACAUCAUCUUACGACGAAAGCGCAGAAGAACCUCUGCAACUUCCUAAUCUACCCCGUUCGUCACGCAGAGAUGACAUGACGGUGGAUUCCGUCAACGAUGUUGCCGAAUCCGAGUCUCUUUCUGAGCAAAGAUGCACGCAAGCAGUCAGAGAUAAGCCAGAAGAAGAAGUACAACCUUAUGCCUCGCCAGUAGAGGGAAGGAGUUCCUCUCAACGAAUCCUAGAGCCUAUGUAUAGUGAGUCAAACGAGCCUAAGCCUAAGUCUAUGUCCGAACCAGAACCGUUCGCGGUCGUCGACCUCGAAUCUUACGAGCACACUAAGCCAGAAUCACACAACCUGGAGGAGGUUACGCUAGGCAACGAGUCAAGACCUAAGAGAGCCGCAGCUCUUCGAGCCUUUGAGAAGAUCAAAGAAUGGACCAGCAAUCUAGUCGCCCUAUUCCUGCCUGUGUUGGGGAGUGUCGCGACGAACGCGAAAAUCCGAUGCCACAAUACUAAUUCACCUGCGGCAACACCGAACAGCGCCCUCUAGGUGGAACUGUGAUCUCGGGUGUCAUACAUUCAGCCGCCUUAAGAUAAGCGAAGCAGAUUAAGGCUCCUCUGGCCCAGGAGUUGAGGUGCAGAGAGAGUGAGGAUGAAGAGUCCCUUAUGGGAUAUGAAGGUAUGUAUGCGAUGCAUUCUAUACCCCAAUAGAUCCCCCUAAUAUAACAUAUAUAUAAGUUGCCGCCUUUCCCCUCUUUACGGUCUCAUUUAUAUACCGUAGGCGGCUAG